UCCUAUAUAAAGGCACCAAAUUUCAGUGAUCUCAAGAACUGAAUUCCAGCUCACCUUGCAUUCAGCAAAGCUGAGCUGCAAAGGUUCACCCAUUUCAAUUCCACUCCCAUACGGCACUGUAACCGACCUCAUAUUAUAUGCACUACUAUAAGGUAGAAAAAGAAUCGUCCCGGCAACCUCCACCGCCUUGGUUAAAGAUUUCCCAAGAAAAUACCAAUACCCAGGUCAGGGUUUUCACGUUUUUUUUGGAUUUAUCGUAUUGGGUUUUUCUCAGAUUUCAAUUUCACGCUCUCUCUUUGUCCCCUUCUGUUCUCUGUGGAAAGAGACAGGGAUAGAGGAGAGAGGGAGAGAGAGAGAAAGGAUACACUCUAUCUCUUCCUUCGUAUUCCGUGUUGCAUUUGAUGAUAAAGGAAAAAAAACCAACCUUUUUGUUUUCAUGCGCAAUGUGUCUGCAGAUUCUCCACCCAACAAACACCACCCAUCACCAGAUGGUGAAAUGCCCUUGUAAUGAUCCGAUCCGUAUUGCCUAAAUACUCGAUCACUUCUCCAAAUCGCCGACUCUAAUAACCUUUUCCACCUUAAAAGAUUAAUUCCUAGUAUGGAUGUGAGCCUCUUGUUCAGUGAAUUCUCCACUUUAUGGUCACAGACUCUGCCGUAUCUGGCUACGCGAAAUCGUUUGUGGGAGUUUCAUGACAUACCCAUAUUGGAACUAGCAUCAAUUUGCAUAAACUUCACACUGUUCCUCGUGUUCCUCUUCAUUGUAUCGGCUCGGCAGAUAUCGGUUUGUGUUGGUCGAGUUCGGGUUUUCAAGGAGGAUUCCAAUGUGAAUUCGAGUCCAGUACACCGCGGCGGUGAUGGUGAAUUCCGGAGUAUCGAAAUCGGUACUGGAUUUAAGGUUUCACUCAUUUGUUGCUUCUAUGUGUUGUUUUUACAAGUGCUGGUUUUAGGUUUUGAUGGGGUUGGUUUGUUGAGAAAUGCCUCACGUGGGGAGGCUACAAAUUGGAUCCUUUUUAUUUUACCUGCAUCUCAGGGUUUAGCUUGGUUUGUGCUUAGCUUUUCAGCCCUAUAUUGUAAAUUCAAUGCCUCUGAGAAGUACCCAUUUUUGUUGAGGGUUUGGUGGGUUGUGUCUUUUAUCAUUUGUUUGUGUACUUUGUACAAUGAUGGGAAAGAAUUGCUAACUGAAGGUUCAAAACCCUUGAGUUCUCAAAUUUUGGCAAACUUGGUAGCAACCCCAGCCCUUGGUUUCCUCUGUUUUGUUGCCAUUAGGGGUACCACGGGUAUAAAAGUAUGUCGGAACUCUGAUCUUCAAGAGCCAUUGUUGCCUGAAGAAGACGCAGGGUGUCUUAAGGUUACUCCUUAUAGUGGAGCAGGGUUCUUUAGUUUGGCCACACUUUCCUGGUUAAACCCACUACUUUCAGUUGGUGCAAAGAGACCACUUGAGCUAAAGGACAUUCCACUUCUUGCACCGAAAGAUCGGUCCAAGGCUAAUUAUAAGAUUUUGAAAGUGAAUUGGGAGAAGUUGAAGGCCGAAAAUCUUCAGAAGCAGCCUUCUUUAGGUCUGGCCAUUCUCAAGUCUUUUUGGAAGGAGGCAGCGUGUAAUGCGAUUUUCGCCGGGCUGAAUACCUUUGUUUCUUAUGUGGGUCCGUAUAUGAUUAGCUACUUUGUGGAUUACUUAGCAGGAAAUGAGACCACCCCCCAUGAAGGCUAUAUUCUUGCUGGUAUAUUCUUCACAGCAAAGUUGGUGGAGACCUUAACAACUCGGCAUUGGUAUCUUGGGGUUGACAUUUUAGGAAUGCACGUGAGAUCAGCUCUGACGGCAAUGGUAUAUCGAAAGGGGCUCAGACUCUCAAGCUUGGCCAAGCAAAGUCACACAAGUGGGGAGAUAGUUAACUACAUGGCGGUUGACGUUCAGAGAGUGGGGGACUACUCUUGGUAUCUCCAUGACAUUUGGAUGCUUCCUCUGCAAAUCAUCCUUGCCCUAGCCAUUCUGUAUAAGAAUGUUGGGAUUGCUUCUGUUGCAACUUUGAUAGCCACCAUUAUCUCGAUUGUUGCAACUGUCCCGUUGGCUAGGGUGCAGGAAAAUUAUCAAGACAAGUUAAUGGCUGCCAAAGAUGAUAGGAUGAGGAAGACUUCCGAGUGUCUUAGGAACAUGAGGAUUCUCAAGCUACAAGCUUGGGAGGAUAGAUAUCGAGUGAAGCUGGAGGAAAUGCGGAGCGUGGAAUUUAAGUGGCUCCAAAAAUCUCUUUACUCUCAGGCUUUUAUUACGUUCAUCUUUUGGAGCUCCCCUAUAUUUGUUUCGGCUGUGACUUUUGCUACGUCCAUAUUGUUGGGGGGUCAGCUUACGACAGGUGGCGUUCUUUCUGCUCUGGCAACUUUCAGGAUUCUUCAAGAACCACUUAGGAAUUUUCCUGACCUGGUGUCUAUGAUGGCCCAAACAAAAGUGUCUCUUGAUCGGAUUGCUGGAUUUCUACUGGAGGAAGAGUUGCAAGCAGAUGCAACUGUGGUUUUAGCAAGAGGCAUCACAAAUGUGGCAAUAGAAAUUAAGGAUGGAAAGUUCAGUUGGGAUCCUCCCUCAGGUUCGAAGCCAACCUUAUCUGAUAUCCAGUUGAAGGUGGAGAGGGGGAUGCGUGUGGCUGUUUGUGGCACUGUUGGCUCUGGGAAAUCGAGCUUUCUUUCUUGCAUCCUUGGUGAGAUUCCGAAAAUCUCUGGCGAAGUUAGGAUAUGUGGUUCUGCUGCUUAUGUAUCUCAAUCAGCUUGGAUACAAUCGGGAAAUAUCGAAGAAAAUGUACUUUUUGGUAGCCCAAUGGAUAAGGCAAAGUACAAGAGUGUCAUCCAUGCAUGUUCACUGAAAAAGGAUCUUGAACUUUUCUCACAUGGAGAUCAAACCAUCAUUGGUGACAGAGGCAUUAAUCUGAGUGGUGGGCAGAAGCAACGUGUGCAGCUUGCCAGGGCGCUUUAUCAAGAUGCAGACAUUUAUUUACUUGACGAUCCCUUUAGUGCUGUUGAUGCACACACUGGGUCCGAACUAUUCAAGGAAUUCAUAAUGACAGCGCUAGCCGCGAAGACUGUGAUUUUCGUAACCCACCAAGUUGAAUUUUUGCCUGCUGCUGAUAUGAUACUGGUUUUAAAGGAAGGCCGUAUUGUUCAGGCUGGGAAAUACGAUGAACUUUUGCAGGCAGGAACUGAUUUCAAAGCUUUAGUGUCAGCUCACCAUGAAGCAAUUGAAUCAAUGGAUAUUCCCAACCACUCAUCUGAAGAUUCUGAUGGAAGCAAUCCUCGUGAUGCAUCUGUUGUAUUUGGUAAAAGAUGUGAUUCCAUUGGAAACAAUAUUGUCAGUUUGGUGAAGGAAGUGAAAGAGGGUUUAUCAGCUCAAGACCAGAAAGCAAUUAAGGAGAAAAAGAAAGCGAAACGUUCAAGGAAAAAGCAGCUUGUUCAGGAAGAGGAGAGGGAGAGGGGAAAAGUUAGCAUGAAAGUGUACUUAUCGUACAUGGCUGCGGCAUAUAAAGGGUUAUUGAUCCCACUCAUCAUUCUUGCACAAAUACUAUUUCAGGUGCUUCAAAUAGCUAGUAAUUGGUGGAUGGCUUGGGCAAAUCCGCAGACACCAGGGGACAAACCUAGAGCGAGUAGUAUGCUCCUCCUUGUUGUUUACAUGGCUCUUGCUUUUGGGAGCUCUUGCUUUAUAUUUAUGAGGGCUGUACUUGUUGCUACAUUUGGUCUAGCAGCUGCGCAAAAAUUGUUUCUUAAAAUGCUGUUAUCCGUGUUUCGGGCACCAAUGUCGUUCUUUGACUCCACUCCAGCUGGAAGGAUCUUGAAUCGUGUUUCAGUUGAUCAAAGUGUGGUUGAUCUUGAUAUUCCAUUUAGACUAGGUGGGUUUGCUUCAACAACAAUCCAGCUUCUUGGUAUAGUCGGUGUAAUGACACAAGUUACCUGGCAAAUCUUGUUUCUUGUCAUUCCAAUGGCCAUUGCUUGCUUGUGGAUGCAGAAAUAUUACAUGGCUUCAUCGAGGGAACUGGUCCGCAUUGUUAGCAUCCAGAAAUCUCCAAUCAUCCAUCUUUUCGGUGAGUCGAUUUCUGGGGCAGCCACAAUUAGAGGAUUUGGGCAAGAAAAGCGGUUUAUGAAGAGGAACCUAUAUCUUCUUGAUUGUUUUGCUCGUCCAUUCUUUUGUAGUCUUGCAGCCAUUGAGUGGCUAUGCCUCCGGAUGGAGUUACUCUCGACCUUUGUAUUUGCUUUUUGCAUGGUUUUGCUUGUGAGCUUCCCUCACGGAAGUAUUGAUCCAAGCAUGGCAGGCCUGGCUGUGACAUAUGGCCUUAAUUUGAAUGCACGGCUAUCACGGUGGAUUCUUAGCUUUUGCAAGCUUGAAAACAAAAUUAUUUCUGUAGAAAGAAUUGAUCAGUACUGCCAAAUCCCUAGUGAAGCUCCACCAAUUAUUGACGGUUCUCGUCCACCAUGUUCAUGGCCAGAGAAUGGAGCAAUUGAGCUGAUUGAUUUAAAGGUUCGUUACAAGGAGAAUCUUCCUUUAGUGCUUUACGGCGUUACCUGCUCAUUUCCUGGUGGAAAGAAGAUUGGAAUUGUAGGGCGUACUGGAAGUGGUAAAUCUACUUUGAUCCAGGCAUUAUUCAGAUUGAUUGAACCCUCCCAUGGCAGAAUCAUUAUAGACAAUAUUGAUAUUUCAACGAUCGGUCUUCAUGACCUUCGUAGCCGUUUGAGUAUCAUACCCCAAGAUCCAACCUUAUUUGAGGGGACUAUUAGGGGCAAUCUUGAUCCUCUCCAAGAACACUCUGAUCAAGAAAUUUGGCAGGCACUUGAUAAAUCUCAGCUGGGAGAGAUAGUUCGCCAGAAAGAGCAAAAGCUUGAUACACCAGUUGUUGAGAAUGGAGAUAAUUGGAGCGUUGGGCAGCGGCAACUGGUUGCCUUGGGCCGAGCUUUACUUAAACAGGCAAGGAUUUUGGUUCUUGAUGAAGCAACUGCUUCAGUUGAUUCAGCCACGGAUAAUCUUAUACAGAAGAUCAUCCGAACCGAGUUUAGGGACUGCACUGUGUGCACUAUUGCUCAUCGUAUCCCAACUGUUAUUGACAGCGAUCUGGUUCUGGUCCUCAGUGAUGGUCGAGUUGCAGAGUUUGAUACUCCAGCACGAUUAUUAGAGGACAAAUCUUCCAUGUUUCUCAAGUUGGUUUCCGAGUACUCGUCUAGAUCUAGUGGCAUACCAGAUUUUUGAACGUGAUGGGGUGCCCGAGAAUCUUCAACGAGUACAAGCAAGAAGACCCAAGAACCAUCCGGAAAAUGAGCUGGCCACUGCUGCGCUGCUUCAGUCAUCAAAUCGACGAGAGGGAAAGUGGUCAAGAACCAAGUGGAAAUAGUUUCAAGCUCAAGUGAUUACAAGAUAAUUUCCCCCCUUUUUAAGUGCUAUGGGGGAGUUCAUAAGCUGGCCUUUUCUGUAUAACUCAAAUAAGUUGGGCCAGCAGAGGGAUACUAAUCACACGGCAUGGAAAUGGGGCAUGGCAAUUUGUAAUUUGUGGAUAAUAAACUAGGUUCUAAUUUUUAUUAGCUUCUUGUAGAACGUUAGACGUUUCAUGCUUAAUUAACUGUUUCGACUAGUGGAAUUGAGGAAAUAUGCUUUUUACCGUUC